AUGGGCCUGUCUUCGAAGCCGUUUAAGACCAGAGUUACCAAAACUGGCAACUGUCUGGAAGAACUGGUAGCAGAUUCACAACAUCUGUUAACCUUUACGAUACCGCGAAUGGAAAAUCAGGAAGAAACUAUCGAUUUAUUGAACACUAAGAAGAAUGUUAUGCAGCAACAACAUGCCAGUAUCACCUCAGCCAAGUUGUCAUUAGAUGCGGCGGUCAACAGCUUUGAGGAAGUUUUCGACAAGCUAGACGACCGCUCCCAGCAAGAAGAGCAGGCGUCACAGGAGAUGUAUCUCAACCUUGCAUGGGAUUUGAUCACUACAGCGGAAGCAUUGUUAGGCAAAUUAGCCGAGAAGGAGAUAGAGAUCUCUACCACUUGGAGAAUUUGA